AUGGCCAAAACCGAUGUUAAAUCCGCCUUUCGUAACAUACCAGUACAUCCUGACGACUGGGAACUUCUCGGCAUCAAAUGGCGUGAUUUGUAUUUUUUCGAUCGUGUACUUCCUUUUGGUCUUCGAAGUGCCCCUUUCAUUUUCAACAUGCUUUCCGAUGCCCUCGAAUGGAUUCUUAUACACAAACUAGGAGUUUCAAACGUUCUCCAUAUUUUGGACGAUUUCUUUAUAGCCGAACCCGCACCACGUUCGGCAUGUUUAACUUCCUUAUGUAAAUUGUUGUGCCUGUUUACCGAGUUAGAUGUUCCAAUUGCCCCUGGAAAAACGUAUGCCCCUAAUCAAGUAUUGGAGUUUCUCGGGAUUUCUUUAGACUCUGUCCGCAUGAUAGCUUAUCUUCCCCCUGAUAAACUUGGUCAAGCUAGGUCUUUGCUUGAGAAUUGGCAAAAACGUUCAUCGUGUAAGUUAAAGGAACUUCAAUCUCUAAUUGGCGUUCUCCAGUUUGCAUGUCGUGUGAUUGCCCCGGGACGUACGUUUCUUCGUCGCAUGAUCGCUUUAACAUGUGGGGUAAAACAGCCUUACCAUUUUGUUCGAUUAAACUCAGGGUUUUAUAAAGACUUAGCUAUGUGGGAACUUUUUCUAAAACAUUGGAACGGUAUUAGUCUUUUUCUUGAGUCCGAACAGACGCCAUCGCCAACACUUCAACUGUAUACCGACGCAGCUGGUUCCAUAGGUUUCGGUGGUUAUUUAGCAGGGCAAUGGUUCCAAGGCCUUUGGCUGCCGGAACAAAAUAUCAACCAAAAAACCGGUAUUUCGAUCGCAUGGCAAGAACUUUAUCCAAUUUAUCUUGCCUGCUGUCUCUGGGGAUCCCAGUGGACAUCUAAACGCAUUGUGUUUUUCUGUGACAACGAGUCCAUCGUUCAAGUUCUUAAUCAAAAAACCUCUAAAAGUCCGAAGAUAAUGGAUUUACUGCGACCAAUUGUCCUUUGUACGCUAACAAAUAAUUUUACGUUUACCGCUAAACAUGUGCGCGGAAUCGAUAAUGGCAUUGCUGACUCGCUCUCUCGUUUUCAGAUGGACCGCUUCAAGCAAUUAGCGCCGUUGGCCUCUCCUCUGCCUUGCGUCAUCCCGUCAUCAAUGAUUCAAACCUAA